AUGAGCGCACUCAUCCAGUUGCGUGAUUCAACGGGUGGAUUCAUACAAGCUCGCGCUUUACUUGACACCUGUGCAACAGCUAAUUUCAUUACUGAAAAUUUGUCUAGCAAAUUAAAAUUGCCAAUGCAAAACUGUUCUAUUCCGAUCGGGGCUGUUAAUGGAAUGCAAACCUUUUCAAAACAUGUCGUUCAAAUAAGUUGUAAAUCUUUAAAUAAUAAAUUUCAAAGAUCAUUAUCAUUUUUAACUGUUAACGAAAUUGCAGAGCUGAGUCCAAAUGAAAUCUUUCCACGUAAUAAAAUAGACAUACCUAAAAAGAUAAUACUUGCUGAUCCGGAAUUUCAUAUACCAAGACCCGUAGAUGUCCUUAUCGGUUCAGGUACCACACUUUCUCUUCUAUCUGUCGGACAGAUUAACUGCUCACAAAAUGAUUGUGAUUUAAUAUUACAAAAACAGCAACUAGGAUGGGUUGUAGCGGGAGGAGUCAUUGACGACAAAAAUAUACUUUCUGUAACUUGUCAACUAACUGAUCUGUCGAGUCAAUUAACAAAAUUCUGGACUAUUGAAGACAUAAGUUCUAGUGAUUCUCGAUCUAUUGAGGAUUCUACAUGUGAGACUUAUUAUCAAAACACUACUAUUCGCGAUACAGACGGUCGAUAUAUAGUAAAACUACCCUUUCGCGCAGACGAUGUCGAGUUCGGGAAUUCCAAACAAAAGGCUCUAAAUAGAUUUCUGUCUUUACAGAAGAGAUUAAAUUCAGACUCAUCAUUAAAAUCCGAAUACAAUAAAGUCAUGAAUGAAUACAUCAAUCUUGGCCACAUGGUACACGUACCGGAUGAUAGUGGACCAGGGUAUUACAUGCCCCAUCAUCCGAUAAUAAAAACAUCCAGCACUACCACUAAGGUACGCGUUGUAUUUGAUGCUUCAGCUAAAACCGAUAAAGGUAUCUCCUUGAAUGAAGUCUUACUAACAGGGCCUACUAUACAAGAUAAUCUUUUCACCAUUCUCUUACGUUUUCGCACUUUUGUCUAUGCUAUGACUUCUGAUAUCGCUCAAAUGUAUCGACAAAUUUGCAUACAUCCGGAUCAUCAUAAAUUUCAACGAAUCCUUUAUUAUCAUAAUGACAAAAUUAGUACCUUUGAACUUAAACGAGUUACAUUUGGGGUUUCUGCAGCUCCAUUUCUAGCUAUACGCACGGUAAAUCAACUUGCUGAUGACGAAUCUCAUAAUUUUCCUGUAGCUUCAAAAAUAUUAAAACGAGAUCUUUAUGUCGACAACUUAUUAACCGGAUCCAAUUCUUUGACCGAAAUUUUAAAAUUGCGUGACGAAAUCAUUCAACUAGUGCGAAAGGGUGGAUUUGAACUCAGACAAUGGGCUUCGAAUCACCGACACGCACUGGAUAAUUUCGAUCAAAGAACCUUAGAUUUAGAUUGUGCUAUUAAUGAUGAUCCUAUCUCUAAAACUUUGGGCAUAGCAUGGAAUUCUCUAACUGACGAAUUUAUCUAUACAGUCAAAUCAAACGAUUCAUCACGAAAAAUAACUAAACGAACCAUUUUAUCUGACAUUGCAAAAAUUUUCGAUCCUAUCGGAAUUCUCGGUCCUAUUGUAUUAGCGGCAAAAACCAUCAUUCAAGAAUGUUGGAAAUUAAAGGUCCAUUGGGAUGAAACGGUCCCACAAGAAUUGCAUUUGCGCUGGUGUAAAUUUGCUGAACAAUUACCCCUAAUCAAAGACUUUUCGGUUGAACGAAAUAUUUUAAUUCCUGAUCCGACUGACAUACAACUGCAUGGAUUUUGUGAUGCUAGUAGAGUAGGCUAUGGUGCUUGCAUUUAUAUAAGAUCAGUGAAUAAACAUGGAGACGUGAUCGUGAAAUUAGUUUGUUCCAAAUCUCGAGUUGCUCCCAUUAAAGAUGUUACAAUUCCAAAAUUAGAAUUAUGUGGAGCAUUAUUACUUGCUAAAUUAUAUAAGGAUACAAUUCCUUCAUUUAACUUUGACAUAUCUAAAGUCACAUUUUGGUCUGAUUCAACUAUUGUACUUCAAUGGCUCAAGCGAUCUCCCAACACUCUCAAGGUCUUUGAAGCGAAUCGCGUUACACAAAUUCAAACUCUUUGUAGUAAAGUCGAAUGGCGACAUGUCAGAACCAAGGAUAACCCGGCAGAUUGCUUAUCUAGAGGUCAACUUCCUUCUGAAUUUCUAAAUAACAAAAUGUGGUUGAUAGGUCCUACGUGGCUAUCACAGGAUCCUCUCAAUUGGCCUAACUUAAAGCCAACAGUUCUUUCUGAACUUCCUGGUGUUCGAAAAAUUACUUGUUUACUAGCUUUCACUGACAAUUUAUUUAAACGGUUUUCAUCAUAUUCUAAACUUAUAAAUUCUUUUUCCUAUUGUUUGCGAAUGUUAAAAGAUAAUCCAUUCAAACACAAACCUUUAAACGUAGAAGAAAAAUUAUUAACUGAAAUUAAAAUCUUAACUCUGAUUCAAAACGAACAAUAUUAUGAUGAAAUCAAACAAAUUAAAGAAACCGGAGAGACUAAAAAUCUACGAUUACGAUGCCUUAAUCCAUUUAUUGAUUCAAACGGAUUAUUGAGAGUGGGAGGCCGUUUGAAACAUGCUCCUAUAUCCUUUUCGAAAAAACAUCCUAUUUUAUUACCUUCACGUCAUUAUGUUACGGAUCUAAUUAUUAGAGAAACUCAUGAAAGUUUGUAUCAUUCGGGUAUACAAAGUACACUUUCAAAUCUUAGACAUAAGUUUUGGCUGCUAGAUGGCAAAAAUCAAGUACGUAAAAUCAUUAGACAUUGCGUUAAAUGCAUUCGAUAUCAACCAAUUCUCUUACAAAGUAAAAUGGCCGAUUUGCCUAGUUCUAGAGUCUCGGAAUCUCCGCCAUUUUUGCACGUAGGAAUUGAUUAUUUUGGACCUCUCUUUAUCAAGGAACGUAAAUUUCGAAACAGAACUAAAGUCAAGGUCUAUGGAUGUGUUUUUGUUUGCAUGGCUACUAAGGCUGUACAUUUAGAAAUCGUAAGUGAUUUAACUACCGAGGGUUUCUUAGGAGCUUUCGGACGUUUUAUUGGUAGAAGAGGGGUUACAGCUCAUGUAUAUUCUGAUAAUGGUACCAAUUUUGUGGGUGCAAAUAAUCAAUUAAUAGAACUUUACCAACUAUUCAACUCUAAGUCCCAUCAGGACAUUGUUAACAACUAUGCCAUAAAGAGAAACAUUGUCUGGAAAUUCAAUCCACCUUUAUCUCCUCAUUUCGGGGGUAUCUGGGAGGCGGCAGUCAAGUCAUUUAAACACCAUUUUAAACGAGUAGUGAAAGAACAACUUUUAACAUUUGAAGAAUUAAAUUCUCUGGCUAUACAAAUUGAAUCUAUAUUAAAUUCUCGUCCUCUAUGUUCAUUGUCAAGUGAUCCUAAUGAUCCUAUUGCUUUAACUCCUGCACACAUUUUAAUAGGUCGUCCUCUCACUAUGCUACCUGAAAAUGAUUUUUCUGACGUUCCAGAUAAUAGACUAAGCUCAUGGCAAUUCACUGUCAAGGCGCGACAAGAUUUCUGGAAACGCUGGUAUUUGGAAUACCUUCAUGAGUUGCAGACCAGGCAAAAAUGGGACUCCAAUCGAGGGGAUAUUAAGGUCAAUCAAAUUGUCUUAUUGAUGGACAAAAACCAACCCUGUAUGCGGUGGCAGCUGGGAGUAGUGAUCGAGACUCAUCCAGGAGAGGAUAACAUAACACGAGUGGCUUCAAUUCGAACAGCUCAAGGCAUAUAUAAACGGAAUAUUACUCUGUUAUGUCCAUUACCAAUCAAUUCUUAA